CCGAGUCUUGAGUACCUCUAAUUCCUCUCCGAGUUACUGCCGGGUGCAGCGUUCAGUAGCUACUUCCGCCAGAAGUCAAUAGCUGCUCGGGCUCUGAUGCUGCCCUGACGCCGGGUCCAUCUCCUCUGCAGCUCGCCCGUCAAAGGCCGGUGGCAGCGGAGAGUGCAGGGCCUGGAGUGGAGCCUUCUCUGCGAUCGAGUCCAGGCCAGCGGUGCGGAAGAGACUUAGGAAGCGGCCAGGGCGGUGCCCGCAGGACUAGACGCACCCGCCCAAUAGGGGCGGGGCUCGACCUCCCGGGCCCGCCCAGCCGGGGCGGUAGGUCUGCGGAUUAACCUCCCCUGUACCUGCCGUAGCAGGCCUCCCUCUAGGCUGCGCCGAACAUGGAGUUCGCGGAGCUGAUUAAGACCCCACGGGUGGACAAUGUAGUGCUGCACCGGCCUUUCUACCCCGCCGUGGAAGGGACCCUGUGUCUGACAGGCCACCACCUGAUCCUGUCUUCCCGGCAGGACAACACAGAGGAGCUCUGGCUCCUCCAUUCAAAUAUCGACGCCAUUGACAAACGAUUUGUGGGCUCUCUGGGUACUAUCAUCAUAAAAUGCAAAGAUUUUCGAAUCAUUCAGUUGGAUAUUCCUGGAAUGGAGGAGUGUUUAAAUAUAGCCAGUUCCAUUGAGGCAUUGUCCACUCUGGACUCGGUCACCCUGAUGUACCCUUUCUUCUACCGACCUAUGUUUGAAGUGAUUGAGGAUGGCUGGCAUUCCUUCCUUCCUGAGCAAGAAUUUGAGUUCUACUCCUCUGCUACCAGUGAAUGGAGACUGAGCUAUGUCAAUAAGGAAUUUUCCAUCUGUCCUUCCUACCCACCAACUGUCAUUGUGCCCAAGUCCAUCGAUGACGAAGCGCUUCGGAAGGUGGCAGCCUUCCGACAUGGGGGGCGCUUCCCAGUCCUGAGCUAUUACCAUAAAAAGAAUGGCAUGGUGAUUAUGCGAAGUGGUCAGCCCCUGACUGGCACAAAUGGGCGGAGGUGCAAGGAAGAUGAGAAGCUGAUAAAUGCCACCCUCAGGGCAGGAAAGCGUGGCUACCUUAUUGACACCAGAUCCCUAAAUGUGGCCCAGCAAGCUAGAGCCAAAGGAGGUGGCUUUGAACAGGAGGCUCAUUAUCCCCAGUGGAGGCGGAUUCACAAGUCCAUUGAGAGAUACCAUGUUCUUCAGGAGAGCCUAAUCAAACUCGUAGAAGCAUGCAAUGAACAAACCCACAACAUGGAUCGGUGGCUCGGCAAGUUGGAGGCCUCCAACUGGCUGUCACAUGUCAAGGAGAUUCUGACCACCGCCUGCCUGGCCGCCCAGUGCAUUGACAGGGAAGGUGCGUCAGUGUUGAUUCAUGGGACAGAAGGAACUGAUUCCACACUGCAGGUGACUUCUCUGGCCCAGAUCAUCCUGGAACCAAGAAGCAGGACCAUCCGAGGCUUUGAGGCCCUGAUAGAGAGAGAGUGGCUGCAGGCUGGUCACCCAUUCCAGCAGCGCUGUGCACAGUCAGCCUAUUGCAGCAGUAAGCAGAAGUGGGAGGCCCCCGUGUUUCUUCUCUUCCUGGACUGUGUGUGGCAGAUCCUCCGGCAGUUCCCUUGCUCCUUUGAGUUUAAUGAGCAUUUUCUCAUCAUGCUCUUUGAGCAUGCUUAUGCCUCACAGUUCGGAACAUUCCUGGGCAACAAUGAAAGUGAAAGAUGUAAGUUGAAGCUACAGCAGAAAACAAUGUCUUUGUGGUCGUGGGUCAAUCGGCCCAGUGAGCUGAGUAAAUUCACCAAUCCGCUCUUUGAAGCCAACAACCUGGUCAUCUGGCCUUCUGUAGCUCCGCAGAGUCUCCAGCUGUGGGAAGGAAUCUUCCUACGCUGGAGCAGAUCCUCCAAGUAUCUGGAUGAAGCAUAUGAGGAAAUGGUCAAUAUCAUUGAAUAUAACAAGGAGUUACAAGCCAAGGUCAAUGUCCUGAGAAGGCAGUUGGCUGAGUUGGAAACAGAGGAUGACAAAGAGAGUCCUUGAGAGAUCUCCUACCUGUCUUGAGGACCUGUCUAGGCCUGAGUCCAUUUCUCCCUCUAUUUGCCCUUCAGUUCAUGUACACAGUACCUGCAGGUGUGGGGUCCCUGUAAUGUUACGGCCUUCUAAGCAUGGCAAGGUGGAAGUCACUAACACACAGAUAGGGCCUUCUAGGCCCUUCACUUUGGGAGCAGAAGGUGCUGUCACUUCACUAAAUAUAUGACACCUACGCCCCAUGCUGUUCCUCAUCACCAGUUUGUGAACAGUGGUCCAGACGAGUUAAGAAUUUGUCUACAACAUGAGCCAGGCUUAUUUGCAUUUAAGUAUAGAGGUGGGUUUUUAAUGGAAAUGGUUGAGAAGCCACAAUUGUAUGUUUAACAUGUCCUCUUGCCCCUAUCCUCCACUCCCAGCUAUAAAAUGAUCAUUCUUUUUAAAAACAGUUUUGGACUAACAAAGCCUGUUUUGUCAAGGAGGAAAAUCAGAAUAGUUAUUUUCGAUAAAUCUUUGUACAAGGGCAACAGAUGUGAUCUUCUGAUAACUUCAUUAAGAAAAGAUAAAUUUGCAAGUAGACACUAAAAGUGUGUGCCCCAGAGAACUGAAGUAGGAAUUCCUUACUGGUAGCCAUAUGCUACCAUUGCAUUGGCUUUUAGGGUUUCUGACCAUAAUUACAAAAUGUGCUUUGAGCAGUGGGUGUGAAUGAAGCCGUCUCCUGAAUAGAAUUCACUUUUUAGAGCUGUACAGCGCGGACAGCAUCUGUGAGCCAGAGGUCUGAGUUCUUACUGCGCUGGGUGGUAUUUACCUCCAUGUGACUUAUUUUACUUUUAAAUAUUUUAAGAAUUGACUUGUGUCACAGCUUUGAUGUCAGUGUGAACCAUUUGUAAAUCCGUCAUCCUGUGUUAUGCAAAUAGGAGUGCACUGGAGUGGGAAGCUAGGAAAGUGACACAACUGCUUGAGACCUUGCUGUGUGAAAAGCAGGGCUGCAGUGGCUGCAGUGGUGUAGUCAGCUGAGUGCUGCACCCUCAAUGCCUGUGGCUUGGUACUUUCCAGCUGCCUGUCUCAUAGCAGCUGCCAACUGCUUGCUGUUGCAAAUGCUGUCAUUUCUAGAAGAGAAUAGCUGCAGAGUAAUUUUUAAAGCCAUGUAUCAAGGCGAAAAUAGAAUUGCUGUGGGUGGCACCUCUCUAAUCCCAGCACUUGGAAGGCUGAGGCAGGAGGAUUUAAGUUUGAGGCCAUUCUGAGCUAUUUUAUAUCAUGGGUUCCUGGCCAUCCUACCUACAGAGUGAGGCUAAAACUCUAGCAGGGUGUGUGGGCCCUGCUGAAGCACUGGAAGGUAACCACUGUUUUCCAUAUCCAGUUGCCCCACCUCCUCUUCCUUCCUCCCUCCUUCGACCCGUGGCAGAAGGCCAGGCACCAAUCAGCAGCCCCAGCUCUGCUUGUGGGAUUGCCCACUGGCAUCAGGCUGUCUUUCUGAAGGCCUGUUUGAUGUGAAUUUCAAAGAAGAAAUUGCCUGGAUUUCUUGGGGCUGCUGAGUCACCAGCCCUGUCUAUCACUCUGUCACUGGGUUUCUCCUAUUUUUUUGUCUCAGCCAUGUGUGAAGUCCUCAAUUUCUCAGCUGAUCCAUAUGAAAACCAUCUAGAGAUUUUUUCCUUUGUAGUUCUUAAAAAGUGAUCCCCACUGCUGUGGACCAGCCUGAAAGCUUCUGUGCACAGAGAUGUGGGGAAUUUGUUCUGUUUGGUCAGGGAGAGCCCUACUGCACCCCCUGCGUGCCCGUCUUCUUGAUGAACACUCGCUGUGCAUUUCUGAGUCAUAACUCCAGUAUUCCAGUACCUUUGCCACUUUGUUUCCCAUGAAAACAGCAGUCAUCACUGUUUUUGACAGGCUUGCAUUUAGUAUUGAUUUAUAAAUAGAGAUUAUCUAAAUAUCAGCUUUAAAAGCAAACCUUGGUAUCAUUCCACUUUCCAAGAGUCAUUUAAUAUAGCAAACACUACAGUUUCCUAAACUCAUGAACUCGGUUAAACACAGGUGUGUUAACACUGAGUUGGGGUUUUAUGGCAUAGCACUGUCUAUAUCCUUCCUUUGGAUGCAACAAAUAAGUCCAGCAGCUACGCUCAGGAAACUGGGUCAGAGUGGUGCUGAGUUGCUUGAAUGACCAUGGCUCUAAAACCUGGUAAAGAAGAUGGAGGCACAGUUCAUGAGCAAGUGACCAUGUAGGAGCCAGGAAUCACGUGACCCCUUGGGUCCCCCUCAUACCCACGGUCUCUGCUUACUUAUGAGGGGAUUUCAGUGUAGGCUACAGCCUCUGGGGAAGUCUCAGAGGCUGUGGCCUCCUUUAUCAGCAGUGAAGGAUGCUUGUGUUUAAGUCUGUGAUUUUUUGAAAAUCAGAAAACCAAAGUUACUUGAUCAUCUAAGAAACCGGAAAUUCUUUGUUGGUAAGAUUUUACAGUGACAUCAGUAAUUUUUUUUAUUGUAUGCAAUGAAGAGAAAAGCAGAAAUAAUAAAAUCCAAAUGGUCUUAACACACAUUUGUUUUAAGGAAAAGUUAGAAUGUCAAAAGACAAAACUUUAGUGUAAUCUUUUCACCAAAUAUGGGAAGAUGAUAGCAGAUAGAUAUCUGAAAAUUCUAUAUCCAGGGUCUAAAGCUCUUUGAAUUUGAGGCCUGACACAGUGGGUCUUACUGCUGCAUUUCAUUUUUGAAAAUGAGGUCUAGUAGAAUUUUCCCCUUUGAUUUGGUCAGGAUUGGGUUUGUGUUAAUGAAGUCAGUGUCACGGGAAAGAUUUGACCAGAAUUUAACCUCCCAAUGUGAAAACUGACGCAGUGUCUCCACAUCUCAAUUCCUAGAGUGGCCACUGGGAAGGGUCUGGUUUGGGGUGGAGCCAUUGUCACUGUUAGGCUUCUUUAUGGGACUUCAUGUGAAGCUGAGGCUGCAAAGCCUGUCCACGCAGAUGCAAGUGACAGCUGCGUGAAGGCAGGGAACACUCUAGUCCCCCCCACCCCCACCUGAUUCUGGAAGCCUUGACCUUCACCAACAGAUGAUGUCAUUGGGCACAUCUGGUAUACAUUAGUCCUUUCUACUCUAAUAAAUUUGGUUCUGCUUUCACUUUGUCUCAUAAUCCACUGUCCACAGAACUGCUUCCUUUGCUCAGUCAUCCCAGAGGAAAUCUGAGACAAGGUUGUAUACUUCUGAACCCCACUGACUCUUAAGAUGAACAGCCUUGCAGAAGUGCAAAGUUUGCAUGUAGCAAGCAGUCGGAGCUCCCUGUAGGGGCCAAAUUGUCAGCAUUGUGCAGCGCUGCCCUCGUUGUUGUGUUGAGCCAUUGGGUCCAUUUAAACUGCAAGACUUAGGGAAGGUGAGAUCUUCCCACAAGCGUACCUAGAACCUGUUGCUUAGUCGUUAGAGAUUUGAAAGGGUUACAUUAAAAAUAAUUAUUCUUGCACAAAUUAAUUUACAAAAACAAUGUGUAUUUUUUCAAUAGCCAAGCAUAAGGAUUGUACCCUGUAUUUGAAUGUGGCUCUUUGGAUGGAAGUGCACGAUCAUUUGUGUCUUAAACAAUAAAGUUGCACUGUGUGGCAAAACGUGCAUGAAGCGUAUGCUUUCCUGAAACUUCAGAAUGCUGUACAGAACAGUUUUUAUAUUAUAUGUCUCUCUGUGCACAUUCGUGUGCACACAUAUACUCUUAGGGAAAAUUCUAAGCGUUUGAAAGUCUGCAUUUUGAUGCUACCUGUAAUGUUCGGUUAGUAAUGAGUUGAUUUAUGUCAUGUAACUGGAGCCAGUCCCCCUGAGCUGGUUUGUCACUUGGUAUAUGACAUUGAGGCACAGUCUCUUGAGUGUGGUACUGUUUGCUGCAUACUGUUUUUGUGACAUGUUCUCCCUCUGCCUCAGAGGAUUGUUACAUAAAUGCUGAUGUUAAAUUUCUUGACAGUAAUAAUAAAAUUAGAAUAUUCAAA